GGCCAAGCCUACUCACUGGAAUACCCAUUUUGUCUCCCCUAGUGGAGGAAAAAUGGACCUACAAUGACAAAUAAAAAAAUAGGGAUCAGCGCAUUGAGCUACAAAAAAACGGAUCAGCGCCAUGUCUGAUUCUCCAGUAGUGGAAUAGAGUUCGGGACACCUAAACCAUUUAAUUCCAGGGUCGGGGAUCCCGUUCGGUCUCGAGGAUGUCCGGGAGCGCCGGGAUUCAGCAGGGCUCCCCGGCCAUCGGUGCAGCGGGAUCGGCGCCUGCGGCUCCGGGAGCCGGGGGAACCGAGGGUUCGGGCGCCACGGUAGGAUCGGCACGAAUCGCGGUGAAGAAGGCGCAGCUCCGCUCCUCCCCGCGCCCGAAGAAACUGGAGAAGCUCGGAGUUUAUUCAUCUUGCAAGGCUGAGGGGGCCUGUAAGUGUAACAGCUGGAAGAGCCAGAACCCCCCUCCCACACCACCCCGUACAGACCAGCAGCCCAACACUUUCAACCUUCAGGACCCCUGCCGUAGCUGCUCUCAUACACUGGGUGACCAUGUAACCCAUCUGGAGAACGUUUCAGAGGAGGAGAUGAACAGGCUUCUGGGCAUUGCUCUGGACGUGGAGUACCUGAACACAUGUGUCCACAAAGAGGAGGAUGCUGACACCAAACAAGUCUACUUCUCCCUCUUCAAGCUAUUGAGGAAAUGCAUCCUUCAGAUGGGCAGACCUGUGGUGGAGGCACAGGAGAGUCCUCCCUUUGAGAAACCUAGCAUUGAACAGGGGGUGAAUAACUUUGUCCAGUACAAGUUCAGCCAUCUUCCCUCCAAGGAGCGUCAGACCAUCGUGGAGCUGGCCAAGAUGUUCCUCAACCAGAUCAACUACUGGCAGCUGGAGACACCCUCACAGAGACGACAGCGGGCCCCUGCUGAUGAUGCCGCCGGGUACAAAGUCAACUACACCAGAUGGCUGUGCUACUGCAACGUCCCUCAGUUCUGUGACAGUCUACCGCGGUACGAGACGACCCAAAUCUUCGGCCGGACCCUGCUGCGCUCCGUCUUCACUGUAAUGAGGAAACAGCUGCUAGAGCAGGCCAGGCAGGAGAAGGAUAAGCUACCCCCGGAGAAACGCACUCUCAUCCUCACACACUUCCCCAAAUUCCUGUCCAUGCUGGAGGAGGAGGUAUACAGUCACAGCUCUCCCAUCUGGAGUGAAGAAUUCCUGGCUGGAUCCUCAGGAGGACCGAUCCCCAUCCAUACAGUGAUCAGUGCGCCCCCGGUGGCCAGGCCUCUGUACUACAACUCCAGCCCAGUAUCUGUGGACCCAUCCAGCUGUGGCAGUGUCAGUCCUGCCAGGAAGACCGCCUCUGUUCUGGAACCCAGCCCAGGUGGGCAGAAGCGGAAGCCAUCGGAGCCCCUCCCCCAUGAGGAGACAAAGAAGCUCAGGAUUGUCGGGGACAUCCCCAUGGAACUCAUCAAUGAAGUCAUGGCAACCAUCACCGACCCCGCCUCCAUGCUGGGACCAGAGACCAGUCUACUGUCGGCCCACUCAGCCCGUGAUGAGGCGGCACGCCUGGAGGAGAGGAGGGGAGUGAUAGAGUUCCACGUCAUCGGGAACUCCCUCAACCAGAAGCCCAACAAGAGGAUCCUCAUGUGGCUGGUGGGCCUCCAGAAUGUCUUCUCUCACCAGCUGCCUCGCAUGCCCAAAGAGUAUAUCACACGCCUCGUCUUUGACCCAAAGCACAAGACUCUGUCGCUGAUCAAAGAUGGCCGUGUGAUCGGAGGGAUCUGCUUCCGGAUGUUUCCCUCGCAGAGCUUCACAGAGAUCGUAUUCUGUGCUGUCACCUCCAACGAGCAGGUCAAGGGAUACGGCACUCACCUGAUGAACCAUCUGAAGGAGUACCACAUCAAGCACGACAUCCUCAACUUCCUCACCUAUGCAGACGAGUAUGCCAUUGGCUACUUCAAAAAGCAGGGCUUCUCUAAAGACAUCAAGGUUCCUAAGGCCAAGUAUCUGGGCUACAUCAAAGACUACGAGGGAGCGACACUGAUGGGCUGUGAGCUCAACCCCAGCAUCCCUUACACUGAGUUCUCUGUCAUUAUCAAGAAGCAGAAAGAGAUCAUAAAGAAACUGAUUGAGAGGAAGCAAGCUCAGAUCAGAAAGGUCUACCCAGGACUUUCCUGUUUUAAGGAAGGAGUUCGACAGAUUCCCAUCGAGAGCAUUCCUGGAAUACAAACUGGAUGGAAACCGGUGGGCAAAGGGAAAGAGCUGAAGGAUCCAGAUCAGCUGUACAGCACCCUGAAGACCAUCCUACAACAUGUUAAGAGUCACCAGAAUGCCUGGCCGUUCAUGGAACCAGUGAAGAAGACUGAGGCUCCUGGCUACUACCAAGUCAUCCGCUUCCCCAUGGACCUGAAGACGAUGUCUGAGCGUCUGAAGAGCAGGUACUACACCACGCGGAAGCUCUUCAUGGCCGACAUGCAGCGCAUCUUCACCAACUGUCGCGAGUACAAUCCCCCAGAGAGCGAGUACUACAAGUGUGCCAACCUGCUAGAGAAGUUCUUCUACACCAAGAUCAAGGAGGCAGGUCUCAUUGAGAAGUGAAGAGAUGGGAGGGGCUUCAAGGGUGAGGGAGCAAUGGCUUAGGUCUAAUGAUUUUUAAAUGUUUUUGUUUUUAUUUACUUAUUCUUUAUUUUUCUACUGCGUUCAACCAGAAAAAGAGAUAGCUAUAUAUCCAGUAGGAAGAAUGAUUUUAGGUUAAUCAGUAUACUAUCCCUCGUCCCACUCAGGAAAACAGAAGUCCUAGAUAGAAACUCCCAUCUGUUCAGCUGACCCAACCCUCCAUCUGUUCAGCUGACCCAACCCUCCAUCUGUUCAUCUAACCCAACCCUCCAUCUGUUCAUCUAACCCAACCCUCCAUCUGUUCAGCUGACCCAAUUCUCCAUCUGUUCAGCUGACCCAAUUCUCCAUCUGUUCAGCUGACCCAACCCUCCAUCUGUUCAGCUAACCCAACCCUCCAUCUGUUCAGCUAACCCAACCCUCCACCUGUUCAGCUAACCCAACCCUCCACCUGUUCAGCUAACCCAACCCUCCAUCUGUUCAGCUAACCCAAACCUCCAUCUGUUCAGCUGACCUAACCCUCCAUCUGUUCAGCUGACCUAACCCUCCAUCUGUUCAGCUGACCUAACCCUCCAUCUGUUCAGCUGACCUAACCCUCCAUCUGUUCAGCUGACCUAACCCUCCAUCUGUUCAGCUAACCCAACCCUCCAUCUGUUCAGCUAACCCAACCCUCCAUCUGUUUAGCUAACCCAACCCUCCAUCUGUUUAGCUGACCUAACCCUCCAUCUGUUCAGCUAACCCAACCCUCCAUCUGUUCAGCUAACCCAACCCUCCAUCUGUUUAGCUAACCCAACCCUCCAUCUGUUUAGCUAACCCAACCCUCCAUCUGUUCAGCUGACCUAACCCACAUGUAAGACGUCACAUCUGAGAAGAACUGGACUGUCUGAGAGAUAUGGGGAGGGAUAGUCAGUCAGUUACUCAGCCAUUCAGUCUCUGUCUCCAUAUGGUGUUACUGGGUCGUAAUGGUGUAGGGUGAAAAAAAACCUAGACGCCGGUUUUGGGUCAGUUUUGCACUUUCCCCACUAAUGCUAAAGGUUAGGAUUAGGGGAGGGGAAGCUGAUCCUAGAUCUGUACCUAGGGGAAACCUCUCCCUGGAACCAUAGUAAUCUGACUUGUUUUAUUUGUAUGUGCGUGUUAUGCGUGACUUCAGAUGAGGUCUGUCCCAGAAUUUAUGAGGGCAAAAUUUGUAUGUAUGUUACUAGAGAGUUCAUCCUGCCAAAAAAGGAAAAUUUAUAUUUUAAAUCUGUAUGUAUGAAUUUUAACAAUUGUAAACCUCUUGAAUUACUUGCUGUAUAUUUUUCCUGGUUUGUUUUUAAACUGAAAGGAGGGGAAGCCCUUCAUGCUGGUCCAUGUAAAAAGUCCCAUAGGGCAAAAGGUGACCAUGGAAAUGCACUUAUUUAUUUUUUCAAGCAACUAUUCGGCAUCACAUGGUGAAAGAGCUUUUUUGUUUUCCAUUGAGAUGUUCCGUCUUUUGAGAAAAGCACUAUGAAAUAAUGGCUAAUUUUAACUAUGUAGAGUUUCUCCUUAUUUAUGUGCUGUAAUUUUUAAGGAAUAAUGCUUAAUAAAAUAAUUUAUUCUGUCUUAUUAUUUCUGUCUAGAUGAUUGAUAUCUUUGUACUUUGAAGAUAAAAUAAAAAGAUUGUGCAAUACUAUGUAGUUUUGCUGUUUUGUAUAGAAGAUGUUUGUACUUUUUCAAACUUUAGGAGAAACCUGGAUUUUGUAAUAUUGGUUUGAAUGACAGACUAUUUUAUAGACUGAUUAAAAUAGAAGUGAAUCUAA